GAUUGUUAUCGACUACCAGAGGGCGUAGUUGAAACGGUCAUCAUUAUCUGUUGUUAGAUUCGCGUUGUUUAAUGCGUUCGAGUUAAAACAAAAAAUGGACAGAGGAUCUUCGGAUAUAAUUUUGUUGGCCGGAAAUUCUCAUCCGGAGUUGGCUCAUCAAAUUGCCACCCGACUUGGUAUCCGUGUUGGAAAUUGUUCAGUUGUUCAUGCAGCAAAUACAGAAACCUUAGUAGAUAUUGGUGAAUCUGUACGUGGAAGAGAUGUUUAUAUUCUUCAGACAGGGACAAAAGAUGUCAACAAUAAUAUUAUGGAACUGCUGAUUAUUGCCUAUGCCUGCAAGACGUCCAGUGCUCGGAAAAUUGUUGGAGUCAUACCUUACUUACCCUACAGUAAACAAAGUAAAAUGAGGAAAAGAGGCUGUAUUGUCUCCAAAUUAUUAGCAAAGAUGAUGGGAAAAGCAGGAUUUACUCAUAUUAUAACUAUGGAUCUUCAUCAAAAAGAAGUGCAGGGAUUUUUUGAUUUGCCAGUAGAUAAUUUAAGAGCUUCUCCUUUUCUGCUACAAUACAUUCAAGAAUGUAUACCUGAUUACAGAAAUGCUGUGAUUGUAGCAAGAGAUGCAGGUUCUGCUAAAAAGGCUACUUCCUAUGCAGAAAGACUUCGAUUAGGUAUAGCUGUUAUUCAUGGAGAGCAAAAAGAAGCAGAAUCAGAUAUGGUUGACGGGAGAUAUUCACCUCCAGCAGUUUCUGCCACGAGAACGAUGGAUGUGGGACUUGAUCUUAUGCCUGUUCUAACUGCAAAAGAAAAACCUCCAAUCAAUGUUGUUGGUGAUGUUGGUGGAAGAAUUGCUAUCAUGGUGGAUGAUAUGAUAGACGACGUUCAAUCUUUCGUAGCUGCUGCCGAAGUAUUAAAAGAAAGGGGUGCCUACAAAAUAUACAUACUCGCUACUCAUGGACUUCUUUCGUCUGACGCCCCUCGACUCAUCGAGGAUUCUCCCAUCGAUGAGGUGGUCGUAACUAAUACCGUCCCCCAUGAAGUUCAGAAAAUGCAGUGCCACAAAAUAAAAACGGUGGAUAUUAGCAUCCUCAUCUCGGAAGCCAUUCGCCAUAAUGUUCGACAAACUUCUGAAUCAACUCAAAUAUCAAGAGGCCAAUUAGAAGAAUUGCAAUAAAUUUAUUUUACAGCUCUGUUUUACCGAUUUGAUUUUUUGUUAAAUUGUAUAGAUGAGUACAUCCAUUUUCGAAUCCCAAGAGCAGAACUUUGUUGUUAAUUAUUUCUGCCACUGUCACCUCUCUGAUAGUUGAAAAUGCUAUCCUUUUUGCAGUGAAUAUGUUAUAUAUGGAAAUUGUAUUCUUGUCAAACAAAAUAACAUGAUUAUCUUUUGCUGAAAUUAAUCUAUUAAAAAAAUUGAUGCCAUUAAAUAUUUUUCAAAUUGAAAA